AUGGCGUGCACCAUUGAUUUCAGAUGCCUGGAUGAAGGGUUCGGCGGCAAAACCUACAAGAGGAAGAGAUCUGAACAGCAGCAGGAGAAGGAUGCCUCUAUGGACAUCGACGCCGCCGAAGAAAUCCAAACUUCAAAGCGACAAGCCGUUUCUUCUUCGGAAAACCCUAACAAGCCGAUCUUCGGGAAGCCGACAUACGACGGGGUGAUAGCGGGUAAAGUAUCCGGAAGGAAGUGGAAGCAACCGAAAACACAGAGAUCAUCGGCGGUUAGGGUGAGCCUAAAGAAAUCGACGUUCGAGGAUAGGGCGCAGCAGAAGGAAAUUAAGAAGGCUUAUAAGGAGAGAAUAACAGAGUUGAAGGAGGAGAUAAGGAAGAACAAGGUGGAGAAGAGGGAGAAGAAGAAGGAGAGGGAAAAGAGGAAGGAAGAAAACAUACUAAAAUCUGGUACGAAGCUUCAGAAGAUCACCAAUCCGAAGACGCUAAAGAAGCUUGCCAAGUCUAAGAAGAGGAAGCUACUCAAAGUUGUUCCUGACACUGCUCCUAAGAAAUGA